GCUUCAAGACACCCCGUUUCAUAAUACAACUGUGAUCCACGUUUUGCCCCUCAGCGGGGCUACUCUGUACCUGCGUGUCAAAAGUUACGAAAAUUCACGGUGACGGACACGACUGAAGCACGUGCUAUACCGUUGGAUAAUGACUGUUCUCUUGUGUUGUGCAAGCUGUCAGUCACUCCCCUUCUAUUUAGCAUAGCUGCUGUGAUAUAACAGAAACCCCGCAAACACGAUAUUCUCACUGUGGCUGAAAGCUGUCGAUUUCGUCACGCCCAUAGACGCGCACCAUGGCAGCCGAAAAAGUUCCUGACACCCCAAUGGAAGUUCUUGUGGAUCUCCUGACAAAAGCCAAGGAGAUAGCCACAGCAAGUGGUAAUAUCCCAGAAGAGUUGGCAAGUCACCUGCAGAAGGCUCUGGACAUAGCCAGCGGUCUAGAUGACUACUUGGAGAAAAUGACCACACAGGAGAGUGAACCCCUGGCAGAGCUUUAUAAAAAAACAGUCUCUCAUGAUUGGGAUCAGGUGCACAAGGAGGGCAAGACUAUGUUCCGGCUUCCCAAAGAGUGCAUCACUGGACAUGUCGAAGGCCAGACACUGAAGAUGCUAGUCCACAUGAGUCAAGCCAAGAGGGUCCUGGAGGUUGGAAUGUUCACUGGCUACGGAGCACUGUCCAUGGCCGAAGGGCUUCCUGAAGACGGCUGCUUAAUUGCCUGCGAGUUGGAGCCAUACCUCAAAGAGUUUGCUCAGCCCUUUUUUGACAAGUCUCCACAUGGCAAGAAGAUUACUGUCAAGACUGGAUCUGCUAUGGACACCCUGAAGGAGUUGGCUGCUUCAGGUGAGCAGUUUGACAUGGUCUUCAUCGAUGCUGAUAAGAAUAAUUACAUCAACUACUACAAUUUCAUCUUGGACAACAAUCUCCUGAGGUUGCAAGGGGUGAUAUGCAUUGAUAACUCACUGUUCAAAGCCAAGGUUUAUCUUAAAGACGCCACAGAUAAGAACGGACUGGCUCUUCGAGAAUUCAACCAGUUUGUCUAUAAUGAUCCUCGCGUGGAGCAGGUCAUUAUCCCUCUUAGAGACGGCAUCAGUGUUAUGCGCCGGGUAUCUGUGGCUUCUGAGUGCUCCAGGACACAGAGUAAAAUAACAGAUGAUGAGGUUUUCCGAGGGGUCAAGGGGCGCCCCAUCCUCGAGCGGAUGCGUCUUGAUGGAAAGGUGGCCUAUGUGACAGGUGCUGGGCAGGGCAUAGGCCGAGCAUUUGCUCAUGCUCUGGGUGAAGCAGGUGCAAAGGUGGCUGUAGUAGACCUGGACCAAUUAAGAGCUGAGGCAGUGGCCAUGGAGCUCUCUCUUAAAGGUAUCAAUGCCAUUUCAAUCACAGCUGACAUAAGCAAGUCAGAUGAUGUCCAGAGGAUGAUUGACAACAUUGUGUCCAAAUGGGGAGCGAUCCACAUCGCUUGUAACAAUGCCGGCAUCAACAUGAACUCAGCCAGCGAGGACACCAGUCUAGAGGAGUGGGACCAAACUUUUAACGUCAACCUGAGGGGGACGUUCAUUUGCUGUCAGGCAGCAGGUCGAGUGAUGUUGAAGCAAGGAUACGGCAAGAUUAUCAACACAGCCUCCAUGGCCAGUCUAAUAGUCCCUCAUCCCCAGAAGCAACUUUCCUACAACACCUCCAAGGCUGGAGUGGUCAAACUGACUCAGACUCUGGGCACCGAAUGGAUAGACAGAGGAGUGCGUGUCAACUGCAUCUCACCGGGGAUUGUUGACACCCCUCUCAUCCACUCGGAGAGUCUGAGGCCUCUGGUGAAGCGCUGGCUGUCAGAUAUCCCUGCUGGUAGACUGGCUCAAGUGACAGACCUGCAAGCUGCAGUGGUCUACUUGGCAUCUGACGCCUCUGACUACAUGACAGGGCAUAACUUAGUCAUAGAGGGUGGGCAAAGUCUGUGGUAGAGGGGGGUAGAUGAAGAGAUGAGAACUUUCUCUUUUUUUCCCUCCUUCUCACUCUCCUGGGGUUAGUCUCAGAAAUAGGUGGCACCCAUAUUACUGUAUUUCUUUUUGACACAUUCACAGCAGUGUUAGUUUAAAUGUUACUGGAACGUCUUAACUUUUGGUCAGUUAAAUACCUUGGUACGAUGACAUGAUUUUGUCCUCUGUGUGUCCUGAAUAAGUUCAGUUCUGUCAUGUGUGUUAUGACUGUGGCACACUGAACUUUUUAGUGGACAAAAAACACUUGCUAACUCGCCAGAGAAAAUAUCUAUGAAGUUCACAAGAAACACGUCCAUAUUGUUUUGUCACAAUUUCUGCUCAAUAGUAUGUUAUCUUGAUAUUAUUUUAUACAUACACAAUAUUUUUGUUCAAUGUGACUGUCAGUGUCUGUCUUAAAUGUCAUUGAAAGAAACUGAUCUUUUUUUAUUGUAUCUAUUGCAAAAGUGCAGAGCAUACUUGAAAAGUUUGGUUUUGUAGUUCAGGUUUAUUUUUUACCGCACCAUUUUCAUACAAAUAUAGUUCAAAGUGCCUUGCAUGACAAUAAAGGGAAUGACACUUUACAUGCAAAGUGAA